UUGAUCCACUUGUCUCUCUCUGUUUCUCUGUCUCUCUCUUUCUCCGUCUCAUCGGCCGAUGCUGUCGGUUGACAGACAUGACUGUGACGCGUCUUUGUGUGACACUCGUGUUUUUGGCCGUGGAGAGCCGCUGUGGCGCCUCGAGCAGCUUCUUUUCAUUCAUCCCUCCGUUCGCCGACUGCGCGCGCGGCAGACACGGGCUUUAUCGCGGGGCCAUCGACGUGACGGAGUCCGGAGCUCGAUGCCUGAACUGGACCGACGUGUCCGGCUUUAAGGAGCGCUACCCGGGCAAAGGAGUCGGAGAACACAACCACUGUCGAAACCCGGACGGCAGAAUCCGACCCUGGUGCUUUUUUAGGAACAGCAGAGGCAGAGUGGACUGGGGCUACUGCGACUGUAAACAAGGCUCCGUGCGUCUGCAGGGUGGCCGCUCCAAACUAGAUGGCAGUGAGUGGAAGUGUAUGGGUGGAUUGUGGGGGUCUGUGUGUAGUGAUGAGUGGGGAGACACAGAUGCAGUGGUUUGCAGUCAGUUGGACAAGGGGGCUACAGGUCGCGCACGUGCAGUUCAUCUCCGUGCAGGAAUACAGAAGUUCCAUUGGAGGGCAAUACACUGCCAAGGAGAUGAGCCAGAUCUGCUCCAGUGUCCCAAGAUUGCUUGGAAUGGAGGGGAGUGCCCUCUGGCUGCAGCUGUGACCUGCACCCAGCAGCAAGUGGUACUCCCUAUACGACUGGUGGGAGGUCGAUCAGGGUCGGAGGGCACAGUAGAGGUUUUCCAUGCUGGACAGUGGGGUUCCAUAUGUGACGACCAAUGGGAUGACAAUGAUGCGGAGGUGGUGUGUCGACAGCUAGGGCUGAGCGGUGUGGCGAGGGCGUGGGGCCAGGCACAUUUUGGAAAAACUUCAGGUCGUGUUUGGCUGGAUGAGGUGGGUUGCACAGGCAAUGAGCUCACUCUGGAGCAAUGUCCAAAAAGUGCCUGGGGAGAACACAACUGUCUACAUUCAGAGGAUGCAGGCGUGUCCUGCAGCCUCCUUAAAGAUGGCACUGUUAGGUUGAUGGGGGGUACAGGGAGCUAUGAGGGACGUCUAGAGGUCUCGUACCAUGGUCAGUGGGGGGCAGUGUGUGAUGACGGCUGGACAGACUCAAACACACAAGUGGUAUGCCGACAACUUGGGUACAGGUUUGAUGAGACCCUGCUUCCUGAAGGAUUAGACAUCACUCCAGUACCAAGGUUUGGAGUAGGUUCGGGUCCCAUCGUUUUGGAUGACGUGAGUUGCACAGGGAAGGAGCCGAGCAUAUUGCUGUGCAAGAGGAAGGAGUGGCUUCGGCAUGACUGCACACAUCAUGAAGACGUCAACAUUGCUUGCAGUCCUGAACGCAGUGGAGAGACUCUUCUCAUCAGUGUUCCCAUAAAGCUCGUGGGAGGAGAGAGCCCUGGGGAAGGACGGGUGGAGCUUUUCCUGUCUGGACAGUGGGGGACAGUGUGUGACGAUGGCUGGACUGACCAGGAUGCUGACGUGGUGUGUCGACAGUUGGGAUACAGUGGGGUGGCGAAAGCUCGCGUGAUGGCGUAUUUUGGUGAAGGGACAGGGCCCAUCCAUGUGGACAACGUGAAGUGCAGCGGAGACGAGCGUUCAUUAGCAGACUGCAUCAAACAAGCACCAGGCACACAUAACUGUCGCCACAGUGAGGACGCUGGAGUCAUCUGUAACUACGGUGACUCACAGACAAGCUUCAGAGAGUUCAGAGAUCCUGUUAACUCACUUUGUGGUCUGAGGCUCAUACGUACUCGCCAGCGCCGAAUCAUCGGAGGAGAAAACUCUCUCAGGGGAGGCUGGCCCUGGCAAGCUGCUAUUCGUUUGCGAGGAUCUAGAGGAGAUGGGAGAUUAGUGUGUGGAGCGACUCUCAUUCACACCUGUUGGGUUCUUACGUCGGCACACUGCUUCAAGAGGUAUGGAAAUAACACUAAACUGUACAAAGUUAGAGUCGGUGACUAUCACUCACUGGUCCCUGAGGAAAAUGAAGAAGAGUAUGGUGUCGAACGCAUUGUCCUACAUCCAAAUUACCGCUCCCAUAGUAAUGAUUAUGACUUGGCCUUGGUCGGUCUGGCACCGAGAGCAGUGGGUCAGAUGCCAGGAGAGUGUGUGUAUUUCAACCGACAUGUCCUUCCUGCCUGUCUUCCGCUGAGAAAAGAGAGGGUGCUCAAACAAGCUAACAACUGUCACAUCACUGGUUGGGGUGACACAGGCCGGUCAUACUCCAAGACCCUCCAGCAGGCCCCCCUCGCUCUGCUGCCACGCCGUCACUGCCAGCAGCAUUACCACAGGGCUUUCACCAGCCGCAUGCUCUGUGCCGGCAGCAUCCAUCCCAACAGGCGCGUGGACAGUUGCCGGGGUGACAGUGGUGGUCCGUUGGUGUGUGAGCGACCAGGGGGGGGUUGGGUGGUUUAUGGGGUCACGUCCUGGGGUCAUGCCUGUAGGACACAACAGUCUCCAGGUGUGUACACCAAAGUCUCUGCUUUCAUCUCGUGGAUACACAAAAUAAUCGGUUCACAGGACAGAAAAGAGAAAAAGCCAUAUGAGUGGACUGACAGACUUUAACAGACUGCCUAACAGAAGAUGGCUUCAUUAAUCAGGUGACUGCUAUACACCAGUCCUGAGUAACCUGACCUGAGUACCUGGUUAAGUAAACUGUAAUGUGACUUCAGUUUCAUAAGACAACGCACUGCUGGGCUUUUUCUCCUGGGAUCUGCUU